AUGCCAACUUUGCAAUGGUCGCUACAAACUAAACCAGAGGCAACAGGACAGUUCACGUCAUUGUUACACAGUACAGACACCGCGUCAGGUCUAUCACAGUCACUGGAGUCGCUGCCAGUUUCAGAGUUAGAGGGCAUAACAGGAGGAAGAUUUGUUAAUCCUAUAACAGUGUUAGCGAUUUUCGCCAGAAACUACAUUACUGACUUCCACCACUACUCCAGUUGUUACAUCAUCAAUUACAACCACAAUAACAUCUACGACUCCCACUACAACUCCCACUACGACUUCUACUACAACGCCCACAACGACUCCCACUACAACGCCCACUACGACUCCCAUUACAACGCCCACUACGACACCCACUACAACUCCCACUACGACUCCCACAACGACCCCCACUACAACGCCCACUACGACUCCAACUACAACUCCCACAACGACCCCCACUACAACGCCCACUACAAUUCCAACUACAACUCCCACAACGACCCCCACUACGACGUACACUACGACUCCCACAACAACUCCCACUACAAGCCCCACUACGACUCCUACAACAACGCCCACUACUACUCCCACUACAACGCCCACUACGACUCCAACUACAACUCCCACUACAACUCCCACUACAACUCCCACUACGACUCCCACAACGACCCCCAUAACGACUUCCACUACGACUCCCACAACGACCCCCACUACAGCGCCCACUACGACUCCAACUACAACUGCUACUACCACAACUCCAACUACAACAACUGUCCUGACAACAACAACGACUCCACCAACGACGACCACCAAGGAACCGGUCGGUGA